AUGGCACUUGCUCUCAAUAAACUAUCAUCCCUUCCCAGUCCCAACAACCGUGAGCCAAUGCUUGAUAUAUCUAGGUUUGUUGAUAGUGAACUGAAGAACAUGAGUGAUAUACAACAGAAGCUAGCCAAAAAACUAAUAUGCAAUGUUCUUCACAUGGCAGCAAUCCCUAAGCAUUGGGAAGAGGAGGUCAAGGCCCAGCUUGACGAAGACGUUUGGAAGGGCGUGAUAGAUCCAGUCCUGGUAGGGGAUGCAACGGAGUGGUGUGCAAGGAUGGUCGUGGUAGCCAAGAAAACGGGCCAACCUCGCUGCACAGUAGACUUCCAGCGCAUCAAUGCCCACUGUCUCCGGUAUGCCCCCGUAGAUGGUGAAGCCCUUGCAGUCACCUGGUGCUUGCGGAAGGCCAGGUUGUUCCUACUUGGUUGCCCAAAUCUCACCAUCAUCACGGACCACCGUCCACUUGUCAAGCUGCUGGGUGAUAGGGCUCUUGAGGACAUCAUCAACCCAAGAUUGUUCAACCUGAAGGAGAAGACACUCCAGUUCAAGUUUCAUAUCAAAUACCUGCCCGGAAAAAGGAACACUGCUGUGGACUUUCUCUCAAGGUACCCGACCGUGCGAGCACCCCACGAAGCUUCUGACGUGGAGUUGGAGGACGACAUUCAAGUGGCAGUGGCAUAUGCAACUGUUGCCGCCUUGGAACCGGACAUCAUCGAGUUGGAUGAAGACUACGUCAGGAGCGCUGCAUCUAACAACUCAGUGUAUCAGCUCUUGCUUGCUAGAGUUGCAGCGGGCGAUUGGCCCCAACAGAAGUCACAAGAAAUCUCCUGCCUUCGUCCCUUCUUCGGCGUUCGGGAUAGGCUAGCCAUCAACCAGGAUCUGGUGACAUACUCGGUGGACCAAGGAUGCAUACGUUUGGUUAUCCCUGAAGAUUUACGCCAUCAGGUAGCCACUAACCUACACACAGGACACCAAGGCCUCGACUCUCUGCUUAGGAGGGCCAAGCAGUCAGUCUACUGGCCGGGAAUAGAAGGAGACCUUCAGCAUCGCCGUGCCCAAUGCACCUCAUGUAAUGAACACGCCCCUUCACUGCCUCCUGAAGAAAUGAUACACACGCCGCCAGCAGAAUACCCCUUCCAGCAAGUCGUCGCAGAUAUGUUCCAAAUAGAGGGCAAUGUAUACAUGGUAACAGACAGACUAACCGGUUGGUUAGAAGUAGCUCACUUCCCCUGUGGUGCCACGUCCAACAAAAUAAGCAAUCACCUUCGAUCCGAUUUUUCACGUUGGGGAGCCCCAGAGCAAAUAUCGACUGACGGAGGUACAAACUUGGCCAGCGAGGAGAUGGUUGCCUUCUUCAGGAGAUGGGGAGUCAAGGUCCGUCUGUCGUCAGCCCAGUAUCCCCAGUCCAACGGCAGGGCAGAAGCAGCUGUCAAAUCGGCAAAGAGGCUACUCCGAGAAAACACGUCAAAAGGUGGAGCCCUUGAGUCAGACAAGAUGGCCCUGGCGAUACUCCAGUAUCUCAACAGGCCUCUGAGGGAGAUCAGCAAGUCGCCAUCUCAGCUUGCAAUGAGUCGCCAGCUGCGUGACGGGGUACCGACGGCUAGAAGACACCUGUUAGUAGACAGGUAUUGGAGACGGACAAUACGUCAAAGGGAACUACAAGUGGCAAAAUCACAAGAAGCUAUGCGCACCCUUGACACCACCAGGAGACUGCCACCCAUCAAACUAGGUACCCAUGUACGCAUAGAAAACCAGGCUACUAAGCAGAAACUAAGCCCCAUCGUUAGUACACAGUCAAGCUCAACAGGAGCAGCAGACUCUCAAAAAGGAACAGACGACACUUGA